AUGAAGGCAGCUACUGUACAGGACAACAGAACGGCACUGAGACGUGUGUAUCGCGUGACAACUGCGAUCUUGAUGGCGGUUGGACAAAGUGGGGCCUUUGGAGUGUGUGUGAUGUUUCGUUUGCAACCGGACACCACGUCAGGUACAGACUAUGUGAAAAUCCGACGCCAGAAAACUUUGGCUAAUACUGUGAAGGACCUGAAAACGAAGUGGGAGAAUGCUUCGACAAGUCUCGUCCAAUGGAUGGUGGUUGGUCCGACUGGUCUACCUGGUCCGACUGUCCUGCUGACUCCCUUGUUAACACGACCAAUUCUAGAAUACGCACCUGUUCCAAGCCUUCUCCACAAUUUGGUGGAGCCAAUUGUACCGGAGAUAGCGUGGAAACGGACUGCUGUCCAGAGGCACACACGCAGAGUGCGUCAGUGUAAUAACCCAAGAUCUUACUGCGGUGGUAGAUACUGUGGGUCUGGAAGAGAAGUUGACCGAACUUGUAUACCUGAUCAAUGCACAGCAACAACAGCUACACCAUCAGCAGGGUCACAAGCAAUCAUUGCACCAAGCUUGAGAGAAGCAAGACAAAGCUACCAUUUUGCUACGAGUAGUCCAGUCUUCAGUGCAACAUCGCCUACAACAACGUUUACAACAUGUUCAAACAACGAUGACGGCAGCACAUCAAAAACAACUAUAGGAAAUUCGUCAACUGAUACGAUUUCAGCUACGAGUAGUCAACCCAACCUUUCAACAUCAUCUACAGCAGCCUCUACAACAGGGAGUUUACCAACUGGUACAAGUUCAAAUAUGAGUAUUUCACCCGAGACUUCAACAUUACCAUCAACAACUACUACAACAGUAUCCAGUGGCACAUCGGAAACGACCAUAGGCACUUCUGUCCGCCCAACAGCGGCUUCGCAUCCUAUCCAGUGCACAGUAUGUAAGGUCAACCCGCAGCUGUGUUUUGUCCUCACCAAGGUGGAGAUGUGUCCUGAAUCCUACUGUAUCAAUGAAGUCACAAACAAGGAAGACGGCUCAAAAUAGGUUGACAGAAGAUGUGACACUAUUGACGAGUGUGAGAACGACUGGUGGCACAGCACAAGUGAUGAUCCAGACUGUCAGGACUACAAACCAGACAUAACCACGGUGAAGGACAUCAAUUGUACCUACUGCUGCACCACGGACAACUGUAACAGGUAUAUCAAGCCUGCUCAAGACACCCUCUACACGCAUCCUAAGAAAUAGACAAAGAAUUAAUUCGUUUUUCUCGAAUGUUGCUUCUGUUCUGUCUGCGUGUUUAUAGCGCAAUAAAUAGCUAGGCUUGUUCUUCCAUUUUUCUGAAUGAUAUGUUAUGUUUGCUAUUUGUUGUUUGUCUUGUUUAGCAUUUAAACAUUGAAGACUGAAUAAAGAGUGUGGGCUAAGGA